AUUUUAAUCCGUCAAGGGCAUUUCACACUGGACUGUUUUGUGAACAUUGUCCACCAUGCAGCUGGACUAGCCAACAAACUUGAAGCCCUACAUCUUUCCAACAUUACUUGGUCGUGUGGAAGAGUCAGAAGAGCAAGCAUGACGUGCAGGGGGCGUGGCUGCUUCGACUACUGGAGGAGACACGUCACGUGAUCUAUGCAAAUGAGCCAGCUGUCGGAGAGGAAGGAUCCGCUCGGCGGCUCUGCGGGCUGAAGAUGGCGGACGAAGAGAACAGUCUCGGAACGGCCUUCUCGGGCGCAUCUCAAAUGGACGAGCCUGCUGCCAAAAAGUCGAAAAUCAGCCCGGCGACCAACUGCGGCUUCAAAGCCAGUGACGUUAGUCAAUUUUCAUGCGUGUCGGAAGCCACGGAGAGCUGGGAGGCGGCGCUGAAUUGCGCGCAGCCCGCAGAGAGGGAAGCAAAGCCGGUGAUGGCGGUAGAGGAGGCCCCGGGAGCGCAAGGCGGAGACAACAAUGGCUUGGGACCCUUUAAGCCCGCCGUGACGCCGGAGGACACCGCCGUGCUUGGGACAUUGGAGGACAUUGCCGGUGUGCGUUCGGGUCUCCUUGGGUGUGUGGAUCUCCCCUCCAAUGGCUUGGCUGUCACACCCGAGCACCUCACCGAGGAGGAUGACCGAUCUUCUCAUGCCAGCUCCAGCGACUGGACGCCUCAGCCGCAGAUAGGUUCCUACAGUUUCAUCCAGCAGCACAUCAGAGAGACUGAUCCGAGGACCAUUUUGAGGGAGUUGCUGCCUGAGACUGUACUGCCACCGGAUUUAGAUGACAUGACACUCUGGCAGAUCAUCAUCAACAUCUCAGAACCUCCCAAAAGAAAGAAACGGAAAGACAUCAACACGCUGGAGGAUGUGGUUCGGUUACUCCAUGAAAGUAAAAGGAUCCUGGUGCUGACUGGUGCUGGGGUGUCUGUUUCAUGUGGAAUACCAGACUUUCGCUCCAGGGACGGAAUUUAUGCUCGCCUUGCUGUCGAUUUUCCUGAUCUUCCAGACCCGCAAGCUAUGUUUGACAUUGAAUAUUUCCAAAGAGACCCGCGGCCGUUUUUCAAGUUUGCUAAGGAGAUCUACCCGGGUCAGUUCCAGCCUUCGCCUUGUCACAAAUUCAUAUCCAUGCUGGACAAGCAGGGCAAGCUACUACGCAACUACACGCAGAAUAUUGAUACAUUAGAACAAGUGGCUGGAGUUCAGCGAAUCAUCCAGUGUCAUGGGUCAUUUGCAACUGCUUCCUGCCUCAUCUGUAAAUACAAAGUGGAUUGUGAAGCUAUAAGGGAAGACAUCUUUAACCAGCGGGUCCCCCACUGUCCUCAGUGCCCCGAUAUUCCUUUGGCAAUAAUGAAACCGGACAUCGUCUUCUUUGGAGAGAACCUUCCAGAAAUGUUCCACCGAGCCAUGAAGCAGGACAAGGACGAGGUGGAUCUAUUGAUUGUCAUCGGGUCGUCAUUGAAAGUCCGACCUGUUGCCCUCAUCCCAAACUCCAUUCCUCAUGAAGUGCCUCAGGUCUUGAUCAACCGGGAGCAGCUGCCGCACCUCAACUUCGACGUGGAGCUGCUGGGCGACUGCGACGUCAUCGUCAAUGAGCUAUGUCAUCGACUAGGAGGGGACUUUGAGCAGCUCUGCUACAACACCGUAAGACUUUCUGAGAUCACGGAGAAACCCCCUCGGCUACCAGAGCAGCCGCGAAGCCAGGCCUUGCCUGCUGCGGGCGCCCGAGCGCCAGAGGAGCCCAAGCAGCACAGUACAGACUCGGCCCUGAAGCCGUCAGAGGAAACGCAAAGUCCGAAUGUCACAGAAACUACCGCUACGCCUCCGGAGCCUUGUCCCGAUGCUCGUUGCCCCAGUGAGGCGGGAGCCCAAGCCGAAACCGAAGCUUCAGCGUCUCCAGACAAAGACAUGACGAAAGAAGAGGCCACAGAAGACAAAAGCCAAACUUCCAACCUUGAAUUUCGUAGACGGUGCUGGAUGAAUCGAAUUGGCAGGAGUCCAAUCAGCAAACGCCUUGACACGGGCCAGUACCUGUUCCAAGCGCCGCAUCACUACAUCUUCCACGGAGCCGAGGUUUACUCCGACUCCGAGGACGAGACGUCCAGCUCCUGCGGGAGUGACAGCGAGGAGUCGGAAUGCAGUGCCAACGAGGGAGAGGAGGUCAGCGAGCUGGAGGAAGCCGACGGAGCCAUCUGCCUCUCAGACGCAACGCAAGACACUUUAGCCAACGAGGCCACGUCCACUUUGCAGACGGACCGUACGGCUCAACAAACUCCGAGCACUGCAGACCUUUAAAGUCCAGUCCACAAAGCACUAACUGUCUUUUUAUACACACGUAUACUGUAUAUGUUUCAUCUAUUUUUUCAUCCAUCCAACUAUCGUUUUUCAUAAAGUUUCAUUUGUGUGACGACUCGUGUGAAUAUGGAGCAAGUUUUUUUUCUUGUUUAAUCACACAUUGUGUCUUGCUGCUUCAUAGAAUGCAGUAAUCCUGUGUGAAUUCUAUUCAUUGUUGCCAUCUCUUUUUGUGUUCCAACUUAUGGAAAUGCAUCAGUUCAUCAAGCUUUAAUCCAUCGUUUGUCAGCUCAAGUCCACAACGUGACAACUGUGGUUGUAUUUUGCUGCUGGUUUAUGUCACAGUAGCAUGAAUAUGUUUGUGAAAUCCCCGCUAAAAAGAGUCUAGUAUCCCGCUUUGGUUUACUUGAGCUUUUAGCUACCCGACAGAUAUCAGUCCUCUUUAAGUUGAAACCAAAGAACAUUUCAUCCACGUGCUCUGAUCUCAAUAUAUGCUCUGUAUAUUUAAAUCUGGGAGAGAAUUGAAAAAUGAUCGACAAGGUGGUUCCUUCAGACAUGGCAGCUACUUUUUAUGGUCAAGCUUAUUUUUAUACUCCGCUAGGAAACAUUCUGCAAAGGGUGGAUGACGCUCUUUCUGUACAAAGUUAUACUUUGUUUUAUUAUAAAGCCUUAUGAUCAUGCUAUGGCAGAGUUUGGGAGGGUGGGGGUCCUUGUGCUCAUCAUGAAACCGAUUGUUGCUCUUAUUUGUCAUGGGAAUACCAGUCCAACGUUUGGACACGUUCUCAUUCAGUAGUACAAGGAAGUAUCUCCAAGCGUCCGACUGGUAGUGGAAAUGAUGUUAGAAGAGGUGUUCUCCAGCCAAGAGUCUGCUGCAUGUUACUGUGUCGCCCGGCAGAUCCGUGAGCCUGGUACCAACAUCGUUCACAAGCCUUUUCAGUUUACGGUUCAAGGGAGUACGAUUUUGUCACCUUUGUAAGUUGUUAUUUCUAGGAUUGUCAGUAAAAGUUA